AACGUUGCCGUCAAGCAAGCUGUCCCUUUAUAUAAAUGCUUUGUAUGCCACUUGUCAAGAUCCAUCCAACUUUCAAGGAAUUGAUUUGAUCUCAGUGCUGAGGCACGAAACAGACUUGGCAAUAAAGGAAGGAAACUUCAGUUUGCCGAUCAAUAUGCUCACCCUCUGUUUAGCCCGCCGAUACAGACCUGGUUUGGACCAACUAUCCAUUCAUAACGACUGGCAUGUGCUACACAAUUUAUACUGGCGCUUGCGAAAUGACAAAAUAGGUUCCAAAGCUAUAGCGGUUAUGGCCAUAUCUUGUCUGUUCAAACUACCUAAUUUAAGAGCUCUAGAAAAUGAGAAAAGGCGGGUCUUCGGAGAUUUUCAAUCUUUGUUCGAAACGGCCGUCAAGAACAACGAUGUUGAUAUUUACACAAAGGCGCUUUUCCUGCAAGCAACUGUUUCCAUGGACCGCCCUAUUGAUGGGAAUUUCUUACUAAAGCACCAACAAAGUGAUGGCUCUUUUGGCGACUUGCUAUCUACAUAUUACGUUAUCCCUGCUUUAGUGAACUCCAGCUUGGUAAACUUGCUGGAAAGAUGUCAAAACAAAACUUUCCAAAAGCUCAAUGUUCCAUACUUGGAAGACUCGAGAGAUGCAUCGAAGAUUUACUACUCAGUCUGGAUAGAUAGCAGCACAGGCAAAAACAUUCACUCCAUAGAAGUUACUUUCACAGGAAAUAAAACUUUGUUCGAUAUUAUGAAAAAUGCGGAGCCCAGAGAAGAAACGUUCAAGUUUCAAUAUGAUGAGGCAAAUGAUGGCACAAAGAGGUUGUACAGCAUUGCUAACAUACCUGAUGAUGCGGAAAGGGGCAAAUUCUGGAGGCUUUAUGUUGGGUAUGAUGCUCGAUUUUAUUCUUUAGAAAACUUCCGGGAGGAGACAAAGGGUCUGAAUCGUAUCUUUCCAAGAAACAAUGAGCACUUCGUCUUCAAGUUAAAGGCCCAGUAACUAUUGUGUACUCCAAUCCAUG